AUGCACAUACCCCCAUAUUUCGCUCGUCUUGACAUCGUCACGAGUGGUAGUGGGAUUCUUGAUAUCCAGGAGGCCAUUAUUAUGCUCGGAUUUCCAGUGGGGACCUUUGCGGCAGGCAUCAAAUCUGCGGCACCGCCGUUCACUUGCAAAUUUGCACCCCCGUCGUCAGACCAAGUACAGACCAAGGAAUUCCCCUCCAACAUGGCAACUAGCAGCACUCUCCCACUCAGCACUCUUCUCUAUGUCCGAGACAAGGGAUCACAACCCAAGAGAACGAUGAACGUCGCUGGCAGGGGCACAAUGGGCCUCCGCGAUCCUUUUGACGCGAAGCUGGUGCGUACGCUGCACGAAGCGUUCGCAGCUAAAGAAGCCGAACAACGAUUACCUACCGAGCUGGUAAAGAAGGAGAGGAAGCACGUGUUCUGGCGGCAAUUUGUCAUCUCGAAGGCAGCGAUGCUCACGGGUCACCGCUAG